AUGGCACCUUCUUUGAGCCUGCGUCCUCGCACCGGCGAGCGACCUCCCACGAGGGACCAGGGCGACCACAGUCUCAUCAUUCCCAGCCGAACUUCGUCGCUCCAUUCCAGAAUUACGCAACCCCUCCCAUCGACCCUCAAUGUCCGACCGGGCGCGAAGAGCCCAAAGACUUUGACCCACGCCUAUAUGGUGUGCGGUGUUGGAAGGGAACCAUCGCAAUGGGUCAAGGCGCCGGCACCGAGCCAGGGGAAGAUUGGACACAUGAAGGGAGCUGUUGGCACCUUCUGGCUUCCAGAGAUUCUGGGAAGCAGCCCGAGGUUGGAGCAGGAUAACGACAUCGCAAGGUCCCUCCACUCCGCGAUGCGGGCUUGCUUCCCCCACGAUGUGGAAAUUUGCACAGGGAGGACCCAGCCCCACUGUGUACACCACUCCUUCGUUCUCCAGCAGGACUCCUCACAUACCCUCUACGGCAUCGCCUUGCGCGUCUGGUCGCGCGCCGACGAGAAGAGGGCUGAGACAAUCCGGGAUCUUCGGAAACGAAUCGAGCCCGAGUUCUUCGAUAACCCGGACGAGACGUACUGGAUCCCAUACUGCUUGAGCUUCCUUUCACGAUAUCCAUUGUACAACCUCCUCGGCGACUACCUCCGUGGCAUGUGGAUUCACUGGAACAAGGCCACUAACCUGUUCCACGCGGAGGAAGUGUCUCGCAUUUUGAGCUUCCCCGCUCCUCGACUCAACGAUCUGGUCCGAAUCGACAUGAAGGAUUACGCGUUGUGCUACCAAUUCCCCUCCUCGCCCACUGGUUUCCAGAACUUCGCCAUGUGGCCCCUGUUCACGUGUCUCUCCAUCCCCAACAUCGUCGGUGUGAUGGAAGCCGCCGUUUCACCGACCAGACGAAUCAUCUUCGUCAGCCACUACCCUGCGAUGCUCACUGUUGCAGCCGAGACAGUGCGGUUCUGCGUAAGGGUGUACGAGUGGAGCGGUCUGUAUGUGCCCGUUGUUCAUGCGCGGCAUGUCAAGGAUCUGGUUCAGGAGCCGGGUCCCUACAUCCUUGGUGUAACGUCGGAAUGCCGCUCGCUAUUCACCGCCCCCACAGACGCGCUCGUGGUCGACUUGGAUCGAAACUUCGUGCUAACCUCCAGCCCGCCGACUGCACUCACAGCUGGCCAGAGGACCAAGAUGAUCAACCGCCUCACACAAGCCCUGAAUGGCGAGGUGUCACCGACAGGCGUUCCACAACAUUUGCGAUCAGCGUACGGGGGCGGCAAGCUCAUUCCAGCUGGUCAGAUCAUCGUGAUGCGUGGCGAGGUCGAGAGCAUCCAGGAUCCAGAGUGGUGGAACCAGGAUUCCAUUAUGACUGUUAUGGACCAUGUGUGCGAGAAGCUGGGACGUAACACCGGCGUGAAGGCUAUCUUUGGCGGCUCCGUCAAGAAGCCGCUGAUGACUAAGGUCUCGAUGCGCCAUCUCAACGAGAUCGUCCGGGAACGCAACCAGUACUCCCGUGACGCGCAGGAGGCUUGGCAGGACUUCAUCAACCUCAAGGGUCGCAUGGACACGGAGCUUUCCAAGGUCACCAAGAGGAACAACUUCCUGGUUGAAGAGCUCGAGAGCUGGAAGCAGCAGUUCCUCAAGUUUCAGGCCUUCGCCGAGCAGCUUACGAAGGAGACCCAGGAGCUCAAGGUCAAGAUCGAGAACCAUAAGCGGGAGAACCGCCGCCUCACAGGCCUCAUUGACCAACAGAAGGACGAUGCUGCGCGCCUUACCGUCCGCCUCUCCGGCACUGAGAAGCAGCGCGAUGAUGCUCUCGAGGCGCUUGUCCUGCAGCAGGAGAUUGCCGAGGAGCUUGAGCGCGAGAGGAUGCGGAAUAAGAAGGAGCUUUCCGCCCUUCAACACACCAACCACGCUAUUGCCCGCCAGCGCGACGAAGCUCAGCGUGUGGUCCUACAUCUUCGUGCACUCAUUGACGGCCAGACCCACCACAUGGAACACAUUGUCAAAUCUUUGAACGCCGGCGACGGCAUGGCCAACUACAUCGAAGAAGGAUUCGAAGACGUUCCGGAAGAGGACGAAGAAGACCUCGAAGAGGAGUCGCACCCCUCGCCCCAACCCAAGCAGAAGGCCUCGUCCGAGGUGGGCGUAAUCCGCGGCAUGGGUGGCAUCGACACUCGCAAUGAGUCGAGAGCAAGCACGGUCGACGGCAAGCAUCUCGAUGGUGAGGACGUCACACCCGACAUGGAACAGCGCUUACUCCGGUCUCCAGUUGGCCGCAAUUCCAAGCGCUUUAGCACGCUCUCUAUGGUUGAUGUCGCGGACCGCCAUCUCCGCGACAAGACUGACGCUAUUGCGUACAUCAUCCGCAACAUUUCGGAGCAGUGCGCUGCUGCCGUAGAGGGCCUCCAGCUCGCUCAGCAAGCUGACACUGAAGAUGACAACCACAGCGAGCGCCGCGCUAGCGUGGGGCUUUCGUCGUCGGUUGGCGAUGGGCGCGCGCAGUCGACUCAGGGCAGCGACUACGGUGAUGAUGAUAUGCUGAGGCCUCAUCGCGGAUCCAGCAUCCCACCAACGCCCGAUCUAACGCAUCGGUCUAGCACGUCCAUGUCGUAUACCAGCGCGUCGACGACGCCGGACAGGACGAGCCUGCAGCACCGGCCGCACGAGGACAUCCCCGACGUGCCGACGCGCAUCGUCGAGCACGAUGACGAGGACAUGGAGGACGACAACCUGCACAACGACAUGGUUCCUGUGUCCAAGUACGCGACUCCUCUGUCCCGUCCGUCGCAGAACAUGCGGUCAGUGCGCUAA